AUGUUUCUGUGGUCGUGGUUCACGUCGGUGCUGAACUACCUCGGCCUGGCGAACAAGCAGGCGAAAAUCUUGUUCCUGGGUCUAGACAAUGCGGGCAAGACCACCCUGAUGCAUAUGCUCAAGGACGAGCGCCUGGCCCAGCACCAGCCCACCCAGUACCCGACCUCGGAAGAGCUCCAGAUGGGCGGAAUCAACUUCAAGGCGUUCGACCUGGGCGGCCACGAGAUCGCCCGCCGGGUGUGGAAGGACUACUUCGCGAAAGUGAACGCGGUGGUCUUCCUGGUGGACGCGAACGACAAGGAGCGCUUCUUCGAGUCUAAGAAGGAGCUGGACGGGCUGUUGGGCGAGGACUCGCUGCAGGGCGUGCCGUUCCUGAUCCUCGGGAACAAGAUCGACAUCCCGACCGCGGCCUCGGAGGACGAACUGCGCCACGUGCUGGGGCUGAGCAACUACACGACGGGCAAGGGCAAGGUCAACCUGGCGGGGACGAACAUCCGCCCGAUCGAGGUGUUCAUGUGCUCCGUCGUGCGGCGCAUGGGGUACGGUGACGGGUUCAGGUGGCUCUCGCAAUACCUAUAA